UCUCUCACUGUCAUCGCUAGGUCUAGGCAUAUCAGAGAGGUCCGUAGCAAGUGUGAGUAGGUAAAAGGCCUCGACGUGCUGCAGUGAUUCGUCAAGAUUUGCCUUCUGACUAACAUCGAAAAGCCUUAACCCUUCCAUGACAUCUCGAGACUACUCCGUCGCCAAUGCUCAUCGUAGCCGACCUAGCCAGCCUUCAAUGUCAAAGCAACCAACUAUGAACUCGAAGAAAAAGGCUGUCUCGGAGAGCAAACCGUCCAUCUCUCCGUCCUAUCUGCCAACCCCCAUGAGCACUCCGUCUUCCUCUCGUCCUGGAUUUCCUGCGACACCAACUUCUUCUUUCAGAGGCGCGAAUAUCUUGACAAAGGCAGAGGUGGGUGAUGCCUGGGAUCAAAUAUGCCCAACAUUUCCGACACCGCCGCGCACCCUCGGGCCAAAGACACAAGGGGCUUUGAGCUAUGAAUCGUCUUCUGCCAACCUUUUUGGCGUAAACGCGUCGAUAUUGGAAUGGGACGAACCUAAAUCAGCCACUGAAACGUCAGCCACUGGCGACGUCAAAUAUGUAAAACUCCCAUCUUUAUCCAUUCCUCAGGUUCAUCCUCCGACAGGUCUGCAGACACCCGUGAGCCCUACACGAAAAAGCAGCAGUCGAUUUAGGCAUCCGCGGCCGUCACCAUCAGCGACUCCUUCUCCUUCUCCUUCCCAACGUAGAGUAACGGCUCCGGCUGCGACACCACCUUCAAAUAGGCCUGCACAAGUGAAGAAACCCGAGCCUGAGCCACAAUCAGUUCCAAUCCCGACUGAGUGGAUACCGCGUACCGCGCCAUUCCGCCCUGAUUGGAGCAUAGACCUUAAGCUCCAUCAAGAGAUAUCUCGUCUAUGGAUGAAAAAGUGCGAGAACAAGUACGGUGGCGGAAUCUUGGCCGACGACAUGGGAUUCGGAAAGACACUCCAAGUUCUAGUAAGGAUCAUCGAUAACAUGAUGGAUGCCAAAGCGGAAUACAAGGGCCCGACACUUGUUGUAUGCCCUGCAUCUGUGAUGCUUGUAUGGGAACUAGAGUGUCACCGUAUAAAGGGUUCUAGAGAGCUAAACUACUAUCUUUAUCAUGGAAGUAAUAGAGAGCAAGAUCCCUACAAGCUAAAGACUUACGACGUUGUGAUCACUUCGUACGACACCCUGGGAUCAGAAUAUGUGAAAUUCUGUAAAGAAGAAGGAGGAAAGGGUCAGAAGAAGUACACCGUCGUUGACAAAGCGACGACCGGACCUUAUGCAGUGUAUUGGCAUAGGCUUGUUCUAGACGAGGCACAGAUGAUCCAUAACAAAGAAACAAGAAGAUAUCUCUCAUGUUAUGAGCUUUCCUGUGGCUAUGUCUGGGCAGUAACAGGCACUCCUGUACAAAACAGGCUGCAGGACAUAUAUUCUCUCCUCAGCCUGUUACCACCAUCAAAGACUCAAGCCCCACAUCUUCCUCCCGGACUUGCUCGCGGAGUGAUUAUACCACCAGGUUUUAAAGAGGAACUUCAUGCCUACUUGUACAAAAUCAUGCUACGGCGGACGAAGAAAGACCCGUACUUGUGGGUCGAGCUUCCCCCCAUCGAGAUCUUCACCGUCGAGUGCUCGUUCAGCAGUGCCGAACAACAGUUAUACAAUGCUGUGGAGGAGCGAAAGGGUAAUUUCAUGGUCUGGGGUAAAUACGUACAACCGAUCACUUGUCCUUUGACCAAAUUGCUCCGGUUACUUCAAGCUUGCACCCACCCCGAAACGCUCUGUAAAGAUCAUGUAGAAGAGAAGAACGAAGACAACAAAUUGGGCGAAGAUGGCAUUUCUGUUGACGGUGUCCAAGAUGAUAUCAACCCGGUUGAUGUGAACCAGCUAGUUGGAAACGACGCCUACGAAGCAUCCCGUCGAGAAACUCUCCGAAGCCACAAGCGCUCCGAGCCUGAGGUGCUGGACAUCCCUCCCAUCGAACCGUACCCCAUCAAGGUUGUCAAGAUGCUCAAGAUCCUAUGUAAGAUACGCCAGCGAAGCAGACAGACGAAAAUCAAAGAGAAGACAAUCGUGUUCUCGCAAUGGACGGGUGUGCUCGAUCGGCUCAAGCCUGUUCUUGAUAGGCACCGUUUCAAGACCAUCAUGUACGAUGGGCGGAUGAACAAAGCAGCUAAGGACUUUGCUAUUGAAGAGAUCACCGCGCCGGAAUAUGCUGCCGAUGUGAUGCUGGUAUCGCUCAAGGCCGGUGGGACGGGUCUGAAUUUGGUUGCAUGUAACAACGUCAUCUUCAUGGACCUCUGGUGGAAUCCAGCUGUCGAGGAACAAGCUUUCAAUCGGGUGCACCGUAUGGGCCAGACAAAGUCCGUCCAGGUGUACAAACUCGUCGUUCCUCAUACGAUCGAGGACGCCGUUAUUCGGAUGCAAGAAAAGAAGACGGAGCUUGCUAACAAUGUUCUUGCGAUUGCGGAUGAGUUGAAUAAGAAUCUGCUGCAUGGCUUGUGGGGUUUCAAUGAGGAAAAUUCAGUGUAGCUAUAUAUGUUUCUGUAACUUUCUUGGUUCCGAGUGUCGGUCGUCAUGAUUCUGUGUAGCAUAGUGUAUGUUAAAGUUGUAAGACGGUUAAGCUACUAAGUACGUUGUAGCGCUUCGCCC